CUGUGACAUCAUAGCUCACCUGUCUGUGACAUCAUAGCUCACCUGUCUGUGACAUCAGAUCUCACUUGUCUGUGACAUCAAGGCUCACCUGUCUGUGUGUCUGUGACAUCAGAGCUCUAAACAGCUGCUUACCAUUUCCGUUAUGACGAUUAGGUACAAAACACCGUGCAAGUGCAUUUGAGGAUGAUGAUGAAGAUGCUGUCAUUAGUUGUCGCAGUGAAAACUUUGACCUGACGAUGGCGCUGGAUGAGAAGCAGAGAUUCAUCAUCUGGAGCCCGCGAAUGUACAAAACGAAUCGGAAAGAAAUCCACGCAUCCGCAUGGCUGUCGAGCCGUCUGAUGUCACAGAGGUGGACAGAACAUGGCUGACGAUCGGAACGUCCAUUGAGCUAUUUACAUAACCUGUAAACAGGAUCUUUAAUCCAAGAUCAAGGAUUCUCUUAUUGGGUUUUGAAUGAACCUUUUCAUUGAUAAUCUAAUGAGAGAUUUCCACAAUUCCAGGUGUGUCUAUAUGAAUGUGUGUGUGUGUGUGUGUGUGUGUGUGUGUGUGUGUGUGUGUGUGAGAAAGAGAGAGAGAAAGAGACACCCUUAUUUCUUUUGUUUAGAGAAAGUAAAAAGGCCAGAAAAAAGGCUAGGUGCAAAGUUUUUCUUUACUCUCCCUCUCUUUUCUUUGUGUGUGUGUGUGUGCGUGUGUGUGUGAGUGUGUAUGUGUGUGUGUGUGUGUGUGUUGGGGGGGGGCAGCUUUGUAUUUGGUGGGUGCAACAAGUCGAGUGAGUCACCGGUGGAAAGAGGGAGGAAGAUUGGUGAAGAAAUAUUGCUGUUAAAUGACUCCGGACAGGAUGACAUCACGGGGUAAUUAAAACAGCUCUCUGGAAUUCCGUUUCCAAUUCCUCCGCUCAGGUUUGUUGGGGAGGAUUUUUUUUUUUCCCCCCCUUUCUUUUUUUUUUUUGCGAGCACCUGCAGGUUGGUGUGUGAGUGAAAUAUUUUCACUGGACGGAGUUCAAACUUUGAGGGGAAAGAGAGAGAGAGAGAGAGAGAGAGAGAGGAGAGAGAGAGAAGAAAGAACGGGGGCAGCGGCAUUACGCCAUUCUUGCCUCUCUUGGAAAGAGAAGUGGGAUUUAAAGAAGUUUCUUGGGAGACGUGCAGCAGAAUGGAGCCGUGGAGAGUUUAACGCGCGUCCUCCUCCCCCCCCCCCCCCCCCUCCUCUCCGCAGCCUCUCCUCGGAUCUCGGCUCCUUCUCGUCGCCAGGCAGGAUUUCCUCCUCCAGCACUAUGGUUCUUGCACACGACGGAUGGGAGAGUGACGGUUCGCGGGAUUUGUUUCUUCGACUCGACGUAAAACUCGGUUACGGUCCACAUCUUUGCUUUUGCAGCCGCGCACGUGUCCACGGGCCGUUUCAGACGGGGCCGGCGCGUCUCAUCCAUCCCCCCUGCGGCAGCGCGCAGCGGAGCCUCAGAGGAUGAGAGACUGGGAGCGAGCAGGACGGCGGCCUCUUCUCCUUCUCCUCAAGCGAACAGGUCCAGUGGGAUUUCCGAGCAGACCGGGCUUUAUUACGAUGACGGCUUGGCAAAAGGCACAGUCGGGGCUUUAGGAUGAAAGUUGUGACGCGUCUUUGUCUCCUGCUGAGCUGCUGGACUCUCAUCUACCUGCGGCCCGUCCUCGGUUCGCUCGGCCGGACCAGAGCGACCGAGCACCACAGCCGACACCGGCUUGGAGAGGCAGCGGAGAGCGCGGCGGGCGGCGGGGGAGGAACCGGCGCGUCCGCACCCGGUGCCGGGACGUGGAGACCCUCACCGGUUGUUCCGGCGAGGCUCACGCGUAUCCGCGCGGGUCCGCCGUUGAUCAAGGCCGAGACUGCUGUGGUUAAGAGCGCAGUUACUGCCGCGUCCUCGUCCUCGCCUCUGCGCAGCGGGGCCGUGCCGGCGCACCGCGCGCAGCUGCAGCUGCAGCAGCAGCAGCAGCGCGACAGAACAGUGAGCCUGGGGCGCAAAGAGGCUGCGCGCUCCUGGCUGCCCGGCGGGGACGCUCGCACCAGGGCGCACACUCCGGCGGCUUUUAGCGCGCAUGCAGCGGCGAAAGGAGUCAAGGCUGCGGACGUUGGAGGUGGAGGUGGAGGUGGAGGCGGUGGUUCACCGGCGAGAAACUUUGGCAAAGCAGCUCCAAGCGCGGCGAGAGCAGGCGCGCCAGUGCGCGCCGGGCCUCCCCAAAGAGCCGCUUUUGUGCCAAAGCAGCCGCACGAACCGCCGCCGCAGCUGCAGAACGCGGCUGCGGCGGCGGCGCUGCAGCGGGGACCCGGCUACAAGACCCUGAAGCUGAGCGAGCGGGAGAUGCUUCACAAGCAGCCGCUGGUGACCCCUCACGACUACAUGCUGUCGCUGUACUGGUCGCUCUCCAGCGGGGAGCCCAACGGCAGCGCUCUGCACGAGGCGGGCCUGGCGAACACCAUCACCAGCUUCGUGGACAAGGGACAAGAUGAGCGCGGGCCCCAGUUGAGAAGGCAGAGGUAUCACUUCAACGUCAGCUCCCUGGAACGAGACGGGCUCCUGGGGGCCGAGCUGCGCAUCCUGAGGAAGCGCCUGUCUGACCCCCGCAGAGCCUCAAUGGGAUCUGCGGCUGCAGACGGAGGAAGAGGAGGAGAAGCGGGUGGAGGAGGAGGAGGAGGAGGCGGCGGCUCGUCCCCGUGCCUGAGGCUGUACACCUGCGCUUCAGGUAAACAAAAGGCCUCUCUGCUCCAGACGAAGACCGUUGAGGAUCUGGUCGGCGGAUUUGGCAGCAGAUGGGAAGUGUUUGACAUAUGGAAAGUCUUCAAGGGUUUCAAAAGCCAGCAGCAGCACCACUCCCAGCAGCUGUGCUUUGAACUGGACGCCCUGGAGCACAGAGGCGGCCGGCCCGUGGACUUGCGCACUCUGGGCUUCGCCCGGGUCGGCCGGACCAACAAGGAAAAGGCCUUCUUCUUGGCAUUUGGCAAAAGCAAGAAGCGAGACCUUUUCUACAACGAGAUCAAAGCGCGGUCGGGCCACGACAACAAAACCGUCUACGAGUACCUGUUCACCCAGAGGCGAAUGCGGCGCGCUCCUGCCGCGAGGGGGGCCAAGAAGCCCCUGCAGCAGCCGCAGGCCGUCCCCCAGCACCAGGCAGUGAAGGCGAGGCCGCGCUGCAAUCGGAAACACCUCCACGUCAACUUCAAGGAGAUGGGCUGGGACGACUGGAUCAUCGCGCCGCUGGAGUACAACGCGUUCCACUGCGACGGCGCCUGCGACUUCCCCAUCCGCUCGCACCUGGAGCCGACCAACCACGCCAUCAUACAGACCCUGAUCAACUCCAUGGACCCGGAGUCGGCGCCGCCCACCUGCUGCGUGCCGACGCGACUCACCCCGAUCAGCAUACUCUACAUCGACUCGUCCAACAACGUCGUGUACAAGCAGUACGAAGACAUGGUGGUGGAGGCGUGUGGCUGCAGGUAGCAAAGCACGGCGAGAGGGGAAGAAGGGGAGAGACGCUUCCUGUCCUUCACUCGGUGGAGCGACACAUUUGUUGAGAUCGGCGCUUGAGCAAGGAGGGAGUUGUUAUUCCAGCUGACUGUGACUGAACUCAGCUGCUCUGCAACAGACACGAUUCUUCACUCUCAAGUGGUCUAUCAGGCUGCAUACCAAAGACUGUUGGACACCGUUAGAGACUAAACAGAGGGAGAUAAGAGUCGCGGAGGUGAUGCUCUCCGACACCCACGGACUGGAGCAUGUGUGUAAUGUUGUUGGCGCAUCGGAGACCAAACAGCAGAGACGCCGCUCUGAUCUGAUGACAUCUCUCAAGCUUGACGGAUCUUUUUCUGCCCGUUCUGUUGUAUUUAAAAAAAAAAAAAAAAAAAAAUCCUCUUCAGAUUUGUAUCUACUGUGUGUCUGUGUACAAAGUUUGUGUGUAACAGAAAUGCUAUUGAAACCUUAGUUGAUUAUACUCCAAGAAUGCCCUUUUCUAGCACUUACCUGCCGUUGUGCCUUCGCCCGUUCACGUGUACGACGAGGAGACGUCCGUACGCCUUAUCCAAGACCUUUCUUACGAAGCAUGUGAAGAAUGUCUCAUGUGUAAAUAAAGCCCAGUGAUGAAGUGCU